UUCUGAUCCCACAAGCUCCGGCAGUUGGCAUUAGAGCAGAAUUAAAAUGCGUGUUCCCGGCGACCUGUCAGCGCGGCUCUGCGCUGCGCAGCUCGGCACCCAGCAGAGCAGAGGGUGACAUCUAUGACUGCGCACCGAGGAAGCCCAGGAGACGCACCUGCCUGCGCUGACUCUUCCACCUUUAUCCCUCCGAAUUACGCCAUCCGCCCGAGGAUCUGUACGUUUUGGCUUCUGCAUUUGAGGGCUCACUUUGACGUCUUCAGGAUGCUUCCUCUGGCAAGGAGCGCAACUGUCAAGGGAUCAAAGUGAUACAUCUGACAGCCAGUAGCAUCUGAGGAGGCGUCUCCGCGCGUCACAUCUGACCGUCCUCUGACCUCUUUGUCAAGGCCCAGACUUGUGAAGGCGCUCACUUGUUGAUGCACCUCAUCAGCCAAGAUAUCUCGCCAGGGAACAACUGAAUGGAGGCUAAUCGUCGCCUGAAGCCAACGACAGAAAGAUGCUGCCGCUGUUCCCCGUCGCACAAAGAGUCGCAGCUGAAUUAGGGAAGUGAGAUUGUAAACCAGAGACGAUGCUUUGGCCGCUGCUGUUCGCUCUGCACGCCGCGUGCGGCGGCGCCAUGCAGCACUACCCGGCGGCUUGGGGACACUACGAUGUGUGCAAGUCUCAGAUCUACACGGAGGAGGGUCUGGCGUGGGACUACAUGGCCUGUCAGCCAGAAGCCACCGACAUGACAAAGUACCUGCGAGUGGCCCUCGACCCCCCGAACAUCACGUGUGGAGAUCCGCCAGAAACGUACUGCGCUUUGGAGAACCCGUACAUGUGCAACAACGAAUGUGACGCCAGCACCGACGAGUUGGCUCACCCGCCGGAACUCAUGUUCGACUUCGAGGGCCGCAACCCCACGACCUUCUGGCAGUCCACGUCCUGGAAGAAGUACCCCAAACCCCUGCAGGUCAACAUCACGCUCUCCUGGAACAAGACCAUCGAGCUCACCGACGACAUCGUGCUGACCUUCGAGUCGGGCCGGCCCGAGCAGAUGGUCCUGGAGAAGUCCCUGGACUACGGUCGGACCUGGACCCCCUACCAGUUCUACGCCACCGACUGCUUGGACGGAUUCACCAUGGAGCCCAAGACGGUGGGCGACCUCACGCAGCGCACCCUGCUGGAUAUCAUCUGCACCGAGGACUACUCCAGAGGCUACGUGUGGAAGAACGACAAGACGGUGCGCUUCGAGAUCAAGGACCGCUUCGCCCUGUUCGCCGGGCCUCGGCUACACAACAUGGCUUCUCUGUACGGACAGCUGGAUACCACCAAGAACCUGAGGGACUUCUUCACCAUCACCGACCUGAGGAUUAGGCUGCUGAAGCCAGCCACCGGCGCCACCAUGGUGGACGAGAACAACCUCUCCAGAUACUUCUACGCCAUAUCGGACAUCAAGGUGCAGGGACGGUGCAAGUGCAACCUGCACGCCAACAGCUGCGUGUUCGACAAGGGGAAGCUGGGCUGCGAGUGCGAGCACAACACCACGGGACCAGACUGCAGCCGCUGUAAGAGGCACUACCACGGAAGAGCCUGGAGCGUGGGCUCCUACCUCCCCAUACCCAAAGGAACCGCCAAUAUAUGUAUCCCCAGCAACCACGGACCAGUGCACCGAGCGAAUGCCUCGUCUCUUGGUGUUGCCAACCGUAACCAAGCUCGAGUGUGUGACAACGCCAUGCUCCGCUGUCAGAACGGCGGCACAUGCCACCACCAUCAGCGCUGCCACUGCUCCCCCGGCUUCAGCGGCGUCCUGUGCGAGCGAGCCAGCUGCCAGGGCCCCGGGGAGUGCGAGGACCAGUUGUCAGGACGGGCCUCCCUCCCCGCCGCCGGCCGCCUGCUCGCCCUCGCCGCCGUCGCGCUCCAAACCUCGAUUGUUUCCCUCUGCUGAGAGACCUUUUGCCUCCUCGACCAAAAACCCGACGCGUUGAGACGGACUCCUCAGCUGCGCCUCCGGUGAAGCGACUGUGAUGUUUGUGGACGGACGCUGUGAAGACACAGGUCCGAACGAGAGAUCACCGCUGUCUUGUAGUCUCACAGAUGAUAAAAGUCCCGCGGCGGAGGAACUGUACAAAUCUAGACACCAGAAUCAAAUGUAUGAUCUGUUAUUGAUAAAAAAAAAAAACAAUAUAUAUAUAUGAUAUUCUGUGGAUGGAAACAUCUGGAAGCAACUUGCCUCACUGUACCGCCCCCCCUCUCGCUCUGAUUUCCUCCCCCGUCGUGCUUUGGUGUCUUUGGUGAUUUUACGUUGCUGAGGGACGUUUCGCUGCGUGCUGCACAUGUCAUCACAUUCUUACGUUUCAGUCUUGGUGGUGCGACGUCGGAGGCUCAACUGUAGCCAGCGCUGACGGUAUUUAAUUUUUGUACAAAAGCCGCCACUUUCAUGAGGACGAGCGACGUGCUAGCUGUUUUCUAUUGCUGCUCAACUGUGCUGGGAGUAGAGCGUUGUUUUCAUGGCUUCUGUGGCUCUGGCGAGCUGCUGUCAGACGUUUGUUUACAUCCGCACUUACACAAUACACUUCCACCAAAGUCCAAGCCUGUCCUGUGAUGAUUCGAGUGCUUCAACGUCGCGCGCUGACACAUGCACAGAGGGACAGCAGGAGAGUGAACCAGUGGGACAACACAGCUGUCACGAAUCAAAGGGAACGAGGGAGCAAAAGCCACGUGUUGAGGACGUGGAACUGGACCCAAGUGCAAGUGGUGAAAGUUACAGCCAGGAGCAAGUUAGAAAUAAUAUUUAAUAAUAAAACAAACAACAGAAUCACAACUGAAGGCGUCACCGAACCGGGAGAAAAGUAACUAAAGCUGAAUGUACAAAUGAACCGAGAAUAAACUACAAAAGAGAACAGGAAACACAUGGAAACUGGGAGAAACAGAACACUAACUCAGACACCAGGGUUUAACAUAGAAAAAUCCAAAAUAAGCUAGCGCACAGCACGAGAGACCAAACAUGGAGAGCCACGAGAACGAGGAAAGUAAGCUAGCGCACAGAACGAGAGACCAAACAAGGAGAGCCACGAGAACGAGGAAAGUAAGCUAGCGCACAGAACGAGAGACCAAACAUGGAGAGCCACGAGAACGAGGAAAGUAAGCUAGCGCACAGCACGAGAGACCAAACAAGGAGAGCCAAGAGAACGAGGAAAGUAAGCUAGCGCACAGCACGAGAGACCAAACAAGGAGAGCCACAAGAACGAGGAAAGUAAGCUAGCGCACAGCACGAGAGACCAAACAUGGAGAGCCACGAGAACGAGGACACGGGGAACAAGAGGAGUCCAAAUCUCAGGAACUAGAGGAGCAAUGACCGGGAAAGGGAAACAACGGGAGAAACGCAGGAACUGGAAGAACAACGAUCUGGCACACGUUGCUGGAGUCCAGGUGUUCUUGUAAUCAGGGUGAUCAGAGGUAGAUUGGCUCCAGCCGUGUGCCAAAGAAACAGGAAGGGAGGCGGAAGAAACCAAAACAUGGGACAGAACAGGAGCAGAGUCAUGACAACAGCGUUUCAUUUUCAUUCACAUUCAGUUGAGUUUUUACGUUUCUUUUUUAAUGUCAAAUUUUGUGUAUUGUGUAUGUGUAUUCAUUUAUCAUUUAAUUAGGUUUAUAAAAAUGUUUUUCACAUAUAUACAUUUACAUUUAUUUUGUAAUUAUAUU